AUGAAGGUCAAAUUAAUAUCAUUGUUCUUACUACUACUGUUAUGUUUUGUAAAUAGUAGCAAAGUUCCCUCAGCAGUCUUGGAAUUAAACGAUAAAUUCCUGGAUGUUAAAGAUCAGGGGUUUUGGCUGAUUAAAGUGAGUGCAAAUUUAUUUAUAUUUGGGUUUUAAAAUUAGAUGUUUAUACAUAAAUUUGUUUGCUUUCAGCUGUAUGCGCCGUGGUGUGCUCAUUGUAAACGGCUAGCCCCGGUUUGGGAGCAUGUUGGACAUGCCUUGGCCGACAAAAAUAAUCUGAUUAAGGUCGGGAAGGUGGACUGCACCCGAUUUUCGAAUGUUGCACAUAAACUCAAAGUCAGCGGGUACCCAACAAUCAUAUUGUAAGGGCUUUCAAUUGAUUUACAGGCCUCUACAAGAACUUUAAUUACUUUUAUAAAGUUUUGAUGUUUAUUAUUUAUUGUCACGGGUUUCUUUUAUUUUAGUUUCCGAAACGGAAUCCAGAUUCCAUACGAAGGUGAACGUUCAAAAGAAGCUCUGGUUGACUUCGCGAUCAAAAGUGCUGGUCCCGUUGUUCAGAGCAUCGUUAGCAGAACUCAAUUUGAUGAGGUAAGAACAAACUUUCAUUUACAAUAUUCCAAAUGUAGAUUAGAAGAUCGAAAGAUCCUUUCAUCCUCUACGUGGGCGGAGACUCCAACGAACUCUGGGCGGAAUACGAAGAAGUCGCUGGCCAACUAUUCACACAGACCGGGUUUUAUAGAACUGAUCAGCUAAAGCAUCUCCCUUCUGAUAUUAAAUUGGAUCAGAGACCAACCGUCCUUGCUGUUAAGCCCGGAUAUUACGUUCAGUAUGUGAAGAAGGGUGAGUCUGCUGUCAUCUUGUCUUCAGUUUAAUCAAUUGCAAUUUUGAUGACAUUUCGGGGCUAAGGUAGUACAACCCCCCAGUCCAGUUCAGCCCCCCAUGACCCAGUACAACCCCCCUCGUCCAUUCUGAACCCCAAAAUUUAUUUCAAAGAAUUAAUCCAAGUUGUAUGGUCCAGCACAAGCCCCCUACGUUUUAGAUGAAGCCCCCUACGUUUUAGAUCAAGCCCCCUACGUCUUAGAAAAAGCCCCCUACGUUUUAGUUCAAGCCCCCUACGUUUUAGAUCAAACCCCCAACGUAGUAGAUCAAACCCCCGCUUACAUUUUUUGUAUUAUUCUAAUUUGUUCAUUAUGUGGGGUGUGAAACGGGCAAAACAGUGGGGGUUUGAACUACCUUUCGUGGGGGGCUCAACUACCGAAGCCCCGACAUUUCUUCUAGAGGAUGAACCACUUUCCGAUUGGAUAAAACGAGAGCGAUGGGCAGAUUUCCCUCUCAUUUCGGCCUCUAAUAUCCAUGAUAUAAGCGAGAAUACGAACAAGAAGUUAGUCCUUUCUGUAGUUGACCCAGUAGAACGAUUGGAUCCGAAGACCGAGACCUCGAGAUUACAAAAAAUGUUCGAAGAAGUGGCAGUUAAAGUCAGAAAAGACCCUGAACUCAAUCCGGAAUUUCAAUUGGGAUUCCUGGAAGGCACGGACAUUGCCAAUUCCGUUGUUAUGGCCAGAUUGGACACUCCAAGUAAGUCCGUAUUUGUAUUUACAAUCGUAUCACAUCUUUAGACCUUUUUGUUCUCAACCUCAGCAGCUACGAGUUCUAUCUUCCCGAUGACAAAUUGAAUGAGAGUACGGUAGACUCGGUCCUCACUUUCCUACGAACCAUCAAGUCCGGGCAUUCUCAGCCAUUAGGAGGUCGAUCUUGGUCUCAGAGGAUCCGUCGGAUGAUAUUCGAAUUGGUAACGAAUGUGUCCGACAUGUUCUACCACCAACCCAUCCUGACGACCUGUCUUUUUGGUGUUCCAAUUGCCUUCUUCUCCAUCAUUACAUAUUCUUUGUGCUCAUCCGACUUCUCCGUGGACCGAGAUGAGAUUUAUCCGGAUGAAGAUGAUCUUGACGAUGAAGAUGACGGGAAAUACCUCAGAAAUAGUGAGAAUACCGACUUCAGUGAACUAGAGGAGGACAGUGACGGGCAUGAGAAGGCGGAAUGA